AAUAAUAUAUAGGGAAGAACUUUGAACUCGGAAUUUUGAAAUAUUCAUUGAAAUUUAUAGUUAAAAUAAAAUGUUGUUGUAAAUUUGUAAUUCUAAGGAGCAUUAAAUCAUUAUUUCUAAAGAGAUUAUUUACAGAGAUAGAUUGAUAUUAUCAGGCUAAAAACUUCACGUCAGUGAUCAGGCUAUAAUUGUAACUUUAGGUGAAAAGACAAUAAUAAAGUUAAAAUAAAGAUAAUAUUAAUGAAUAGUUUUACUUCAAAAAUUCACAAUGACUAUUUAUAAUAUGUACAUAUUUGAUAGAUAUGGUACCCUUUUGUACUAUGGAGAAUGGAAUAGAACUAAACAAUCAGGAAUGUCUAGAGAGGAGGAAGGUAAACUCAUGUAUGGAAUGCUAUUUUCUAUAAAAUCAUUUGUUUCAAAAAUAUCACCAUUAGACCCAAAGGAUGGAUUUAUUAACUACAAAACUUCUAAAUACACUCUACACUGCCUAGAGACGGCUUCUGGCUUAAAGUUUGUGAUGAAUACUGACAACCAAGCUCAAGGAAUAAGAGAUUUAUUGAAGAAGAUUUAUGCUGAUAUUUAUGUUAAAUAUGUUGUACGGAAUCCAGUCUGUGGAGUAGGAGAGCCCAUAAUUAGUGAACUGUUUAAGAAUAAGUUAGAUAUAUUUGUUAAACAAGCACCUUUGACUGCUGUUAGAGCUUCAUAAUUGGAUGUAAUUCCAGAAAAACAUUCCAAACCAUAAUCAUGUCAAAAUUGAGUUAAGAACACAAAACUGGAUCAUGUGAUACUUAAUUACGUACUGACAAAACAUGGCAGCCCUACUCACUCUUUAAAUGACUUCAUGACUUUGUAGCCCAACCCACAUGUAUUGAAUACACUAAUAUUUAUUAAACUUUAAACAUUAAUUCUUUAAAAUGUGAUGUUUGUGGCUUGGAAUGUUUUUCAGGAACUACAUCCAAUUAAAGAAUCCUUUUUAUGUAUCAAAUAAAUUAUAUUUAUAUAUAAUAGCAAGAAAACCCUCUCAUAAAUAAGCUAAUGUACACAGAUAAAUAAAGCAGCAAUAUUUUCUAAGUAAAGACAAA